UCAAGAAUCGAAUAACAUAAAGAUCAGUUAAAUUUCUUUCGACAUGUAGACGUGACAAAAUAGAGAAGAAACCGCAUAAAAGAUCUAGUCACUGCCGACCGAGUGUUAUCAAUGAAUAAUUCAAGAACUGUAUCCAUUUCAACUAAUUUGACGUUAUGGCAAUCUUACUUCUCUAGACGUUCUUUUUAGGGUGUACAAAAUGAAACGGAGCUCAGUUCUCCUGUGGCUGGGUAUUAAUCUUGCAGCGGCAGCCACGAUAUGUUACGUAGUAUUAGCUGUACAUUACCAUCCCAAACAAUCUCCUACAAGGAUCCAACCUGCUGCUGAUACAUCUUAUUCUCACAUUCGUGAUGGCAUACACCAGCGUGUCAACCUCAGGGAGAAAUUGACUUCACACAAACACAGAGUAAUUUCUCAACUCAGACAGUCACUACUCCAACAGAAAGUAUCGUCCAAACAUUUUACACUCAACCAAGCCCGGUUCUUUGGGACUAAAAAACUCAAAGACUUGACACCUUCAAUGUUACUCGAAAAUCUCCAGAACAGCUUGGAGAAAUCACAUUUCCAUACCAUAACUUCCCUAACUAAUGUGUUUCCAAAAGAAAAACAACUACUUAAAAACAGUCAAGCAUUCCAAAAGCGUUAUAAAAGUUGUGCAAUCGUUUCCAGUGCAGGUGCGCUACUGAAUUCCGAUUUGGGAACCUUUAUAGAUGGUCAUGAUUAUGUCGUCCGUUUUAACAAUGCCCCAACAUUGGGAUUUGAAGUCGACGUAGGCAAUAAGACUUCUUUACGGAUUCUUAAUUCGCAAAUCCUGUCCAAAUCACAAUUUAAUUUUGUCAAUUCGUCCCUCUAUAAAAAUGUUUCUCUACUUGUCUGGGACCCUUCAAAAUAUAACGCUACUCUGGAGCAGUGGUCCUGCAAUCCGGAUUUCCCUUUCUUAGACGCCUUUUUUUCACGAAGAAAUCAAAUUCCUGAGGAAGAACUGCAUUUAAUGGACCCACGUGGACUUUGGGACUUGUGGGAUUACCUCAGCUUACACAGUCCAUUGCCCAUUCCCCCUAAUCCACCUUCAUCGGGUUUUAUUGGCCUCGCGCUGACCCUAUCUUUCUGCGAUUAUGUCGACAUGAUUGAGUUUGUUCCUUCGCUGAGGAUGACAAAGCGCUGUCACUAUUACGAUACCAAUGAAGAUGUAGGAUGCACAAUGGGAGACUGGCACCCACUAGCUGCCGAAAAGUUGCUUGUUCUUUCACUCAAUCCUGCAGAUGACCACGUGAUUUUCGUCGAUGGUUACGUCCGCAUCACUGGAUUCUCUAGUCAGCUACAGCAAGAGUAGCGUUGUUGUAACGUGUAUUUUCUUAGUUGAAUGAUGAUGAUUACAUGAUAACUUUUCAAUUUAUAGCGAGAGCUUUCCUACCCAUUUCUAGUGCACCUGCACGUGUUGAGUGGCCUCCAAUGAAUCCGGAAGCGUGAAUAAAAACACAGCCAUCGAUACCAGACAUUUGAUCCAACUCUUUGUCUCGCAGACCUCUCCAUUGGUCAGGUAAAGCUUUUCUCAGUUCGAAAGAAUGAGACGAAACGGGAACGCCUUGGAUCCUCCAACUACCGUUAGAAUCUGGAUAUAUACUGUACAAAAUCUUCUUAUCGCCAACGUCCAACCCCAUUUUCUUCUCUAGCUGAAAGAAAUGCUCUUUCCAUGGGCAUCCUCCAUUGUUGAAUUCGAUUAUUUGGCCACUUU